AUUUACUGCACUGAAACAGUCAAAGGCAAACUAGAGUUUGGCUCAAUAAUUAUGAAGGAUACGGGGUCAUUGUGUUCGCCGUGAGUGGAGUGCGUUCGUUGCUAAUCGUUCGUAAAUGAUGUAAACAAAUCUCGGAAAAAAUGGCAUUUCUAUGCCCCGUCCGUAUACGCAGGGGCAAAAAGAAAAAAUCUUCCAGUGUUGAUCUGGAAAAGGAUCUGGCAAGGACAAAUGGGGUCACCCCGGGAAUGGGCCGGAUCACCGGCUCCGCCAGUAUUGAGACCCUCGUCAGGGUUGGCAUUGAAAAGGAACAUGGACUGUCUCCUGACAGUAAAAUGGUGGUGCUGCAUGACUUCACACCUUGUGUAGAUGAUGAACUUGAAGUCAAAAGGGGACAAAUUGUUAAUAUUUUAUACCGUGAAAACGACUGGGUCUAUGUGAUAGACCUGGACACAAGACAGGAGGGAUUCAUACCCUACUCAUACUGCACCCCCUACAAUAAUCACUUGGCUGAGCUGGCCAUCAAGAAAAAGCUUCCCAGGGAGGCCCAGCUAGCUUCUGGUGACAGCUCUGACACUAAUCUUGAAUGUGAUGCAGCAGGUGUGGACACAAGUGACUGCGACUCGCUGGGUAAGAAGCACGGCACCGGCGCCGCCUCGCCCGUCAGCAUCCAUUCAGAACCUGAUAUGUCCCCCUUUUCCAAGGACCCUUCAGGCAGGUACAUUGUUCUCUACACCUUCAUAGCACGCGACGAAAACGACGUCUCCGUUGAAAGGGGCGAAUUCGUCACAGUGUUGAACAGGGAGGAUCCAGAUUGGUACUGGAUCGUGCGUAGUGAUGGCCAGGAGGGUUUCAUACCUUCAGGCUUUGUAUACCCGGCCGAUAAUGUGAUACAAGGACACUUGAAUGCGACUAAUCAAAAUUGCGGUGGCGGCUUCGCCAAUCAGACGAAUUCUCAUGCUUUAACGACGUCCAGUGCGGACGAUUUGCGGUACCACGGCACCGAACUGGUGAUGCUUUACGAUUACAAGGCACAGGCGCCGGACGACCUGACCGUACGCAGGGGCGACUGGAUUUAUGCGGAUCUGAACAAUCAAACGGUGGACGGGUGGCUGUGGGCCUACGCCCCCAAAACCAGGAAGUACGGGUUCAUACCCAAGGCGUACGCCAGGCCUCCGGCCAUGACCAGCCUCUAAACUUGAAAUUGCCAUGCUGUGCUCAAUAAUGAAUUUUUUAUUUUUAAUUUUUUAUUAAUCAUAUAUAUUUUGUAAAAAGUAUUUUAUGCCAAAUAAAUUUCAUAUAUUUUCAA